GCAGCUGCACAGAUGCAAACAGAAAAGUUUAUAUUCGCAAAGUGAAAAAAUUGUGUACAUUGCAUCAACUAAUUUUUUUACGAAUUCAAUUGAAUGAAAAAUUAAAUAUUUUUAUCAACAAAUAAAUACAAAAUUUAUAUGAGAAUCUUGCUUGAAGCAAAAACAGAGUUCAGUUGAAAUUUUCCGGGAUAAAUGCAUAGAAGUGCCGGCUUUAAGCUGCAAAAAAGUGCACACAGGUUUAAAUACACAAAUACAUAUAUACAUACGUGAAAUUGUAAGCAAACCAUAAGGACAUUUUAGCUUCCAAACCUUUCAAAUAGCCUGAUUAAUAUGAUGUUGGUGAUUAUUUUAUUUGCUUGCUUGGCACUCGGAGGAGCAGCUCAAUUAGAAGAAAAUGACGCAUGUGAAACGGAACACUAUAAGGGAAAUUGUGCUGCCAGCCGAAAUUGUCCGCAACUACCCGCUUCUAUGAACGCAAUGGGUCUCACCAGUAACGAUAUUGGCCAUUGCGGUUUUACUGUAAUUGAGGACAUAAUUUGUUGUCCGAAAAGUGCAGUAACCAGUACCACUACAGCAAAGCCGUCGAAUAUUACUACCACAGCACCACUGCCAGGCAAUGUGUCGACAGGUUCACGCAAUUUAGUUCGCCCAGCUGAUCGUGGUGGGUAUAGCGUCAAAAUCAUUAUAGUGGCAGUAAUUAUAAAGUUAAAACAAUAUUAA